UGUAGGUUACCAUGGAAACAGCGACAUGUCAACAAAUUUCUUUCGAUUCACGCAAGUCGCUCAGAAAUAAUUAAAUUACGAUGAAAAGCAUUGGUCUUUACCAAUAAAUACUCAUAUAAUAGUUGUCGAAUCUUCCAGAAGUUAUCUCCAUGAUGGGUCUACUGAAUAUUUUGAAAAAGCUGCGGUCUAAUCCUGAUAAGGAAUUGCGUUUGCUGCUCUUGGGCUUAGAUAAUGCGGGAAAAACUACGCUUUUAAAACAACUGGCUUCGGAAGACGUGAAUCAUGUUACUCCCACUGCAGGAUUCAAUAUAAAGUCGGUUUUAUCAAAUGGUUUUAAAUUAAACGUCUGGGAUAUAGGUGGGCAAAGGAAAAUAAGACCUUACUGGCGGAAUUACUUCGAAAAUACUGAUAUUUUGAUUUAUGUAGUCGACUGCUCUGACCAUCAAAGAUUGGAGGAGACAGGCCAGGAGUUGGCGGAGCUGCUGGAAGAUGAGAAGUUGCGAGGAGUGCCAUUGCUGGUGUAUGCCAACAAACAGGAUUUGGCUUCAGCCCUGCCAGCCAGUGAGAUCGCCCAGCAUUUAGGACUCCACCUGAUCAGAGAUCGCACUUGGCAGAUACAGGCCUGUGUGGCUACUGAUGGCACUGGAGUCAAGGAAGGCAUGGAAUGGGUCUGCAAAAACAUCCCAGCUAAGAAAUAACAAAUCCAUUCCAACAUUACUACGAUUUACGCUUAUCAUACAAUUUAUAUUAUCUCUAAAUAACGACCAAUCAGAAA